UUUCCUCAGUAACGAGAACCGCUGGAUCCGCUGCAUUUAGUGAGCUUUCUUGAUUUACCUAUCUUAACUAAGUGAAGGUAUUCGCAUUAGAUUUGGCUUCAGUGGCGUGUGAUGGAUGGAAAGCGCAGACCAUCCUGUCAGUAUGGAUCCCUGGAAUGCACGAAAUGGAAAACAGAUGUGGACCAAACAGAGGCAGAUGUGAUCUCAAUGGCGGACUCUACUAUAACAGUGGGGGACAUAGAGGGAGAACUCUGUAAGAUUGAACGGAUCAGAGACGUUUUGAUCAGGAGGGAAUCUGAGCUCAGAUACAUGAUGGAUGAUAUCCAGUUAUGUAAAGAAAUUACAAGACUGAAGAAAGAGCUUCAAAAGCUUUUGUCUAUUCCAGAUAAUGACAAGUCUAAUGAAGACAAACAGAAAGAGGAAGAUCUUCUGAAACAGAUUCAUACAUUAGUGGAGGCCAGAGACUUCCUGGUAGAUGACGUGGAGUUUGAGCGUCUCAGGGAACGGGAGGAGGACAAAGAGAUGGCUGAAUUUCUUAAGUCCAAACUACCAAAAAUCUCUCAACCCAAGAAUGCUGCUCGCAGUGGGAGGAGGCCGCCCAGAGCCCAGCAGAACUCUACUCCUUUUGUAACCAAGACAGGCCUCACUUUGCUGAAAGAGUGCUGUGGAUUCACCUGCUCUAUAAUGUAAUAGGCACACUUUCGGCAGUGGCAACAGGAACACAGUUCAUUUCUGGAGCCUUGGAUGAGGAUGACGUUUUAAUGACACCAGGAGACUCAAAGAAUAUGAUGUGAACCAACACUAGAGGUUUCUGAAAGACAAAGCUCUGAAGUUGUCUGUUAAGAAAUACAGUCUAUGCGUCACUCUUAUAUUUUUUAGCAUUUUUUCUUAUUUUCCCGCACGCAUUUGCUCUUUCUACGUAACUACUCUCAUUUUUUCUUUGAAAAAUCCUGUUUCAUUGUAUUACAGAGAACAUGUUGUGCCCUCUCAAGGGUUCUGCUGUCAGCAGCUCAGCUGGUUUGCUGUCAUUCCCUACUCUUAUCUUUUCUCUCAUGAUACAUUGCUACAGCACUGCAGUUGUUUUGACUUCAUCAUCCAUAAAUGCUCAAGUUUCAGUAAAGAUUCUGUUUAGACUGCUGAUUCUUAGC